CCCCGCAGUAUGCUGGGGGGUCUGGGGGUCCUGGAUUGCCAUGUGGGAUCUGCCCGCUGCAACUACCACCCUGUGCUUGCUUUUCACGCUGCGCUGAAGAUGAGGAGCGGGAAGGCCCCCCGUGCCCCGGAGAGCAGCGGGGAGGACACACAGACCCAUGGGGAGGCCACGCAAGCCACCGCCCCCCUACAGCCCCCGAGUGAGGCCCCAGCUCUAAACGGGCCUGGCCCUGAGGACACGAAGGAUGCUGCCAGGGAGGCCCUGGAGAGCGGUCACACUGAGCCGGGCAGGGGCCGCCCGGGGAAGAAGCCAUCCCAGAAGAAAAGGAAGCGGUCCCCCAGGGGAGGGCCAUGCUCCGCGGACCUGGCCCUUGUGGGCCUCUCAGCCGACCACGUCUGGCUCGACAAACCCCUUUUUGACCAGGCUGAGAGCUGCUAUCUCCAGAGGUUGGCAGAUGCGGCUGCCCAGGUUGCCCGGCCGCAGAUCCUAGCCCCGCUGGGCCCCUGCGCCCACGGUGUCCUGGUGGCUUGUCACCACAUGGCCUGGGGCAUCUGGGUGAACAAACCGGUCUUCGACCAGGCCGAACGGGCCUUCAUGGAGUGGUCACAGUCCCUGCUGCUGCUGUCCACUGCCACCGAGAGGAGCAGCCAGCAGGGGUCUCUUGACAUCCCCCAGAGGGUCGCUGCCCCCGAUCAGGACGUCCCCGUCCCCCGCCUGCCCAGCCCUCCAGCCAACGGGCAGCCCCCCUUGGGGAGUUUGCAGGCGCUGGUGCGGGAGGUGUGGCUGGACAAGCCGCGCUAUGAUGCUGCCGAGAGGGGUUUCUACGAGGCCCUGUUCGACGGCCACCCCCCUGGGAAGGUGCGUCUGCAGGAGCGGGCCAGCCAGGCCGACAGUGGCGCCAGGCGGGGCCGCAGAGACCGCCGGGCCCGCAACGGCCCAGGAAGCAAGCGGGCUGGGCCUCGGAGGCCGGAGGGGGAGACGUCCCCGGCCCUGCCACACUGGUACCUCCUGCACAAGGACGCAGAGGGCCCCUGGCUGAGCAAGUCUGCCUAUGACUCCGCUGAGUGCCGCCACCACGCCGCUGAGGCCCUACGCAUGGCCUGGCGCCUGGAGGCUAUGGCUCAUCGCCCCGCUCCUCGGGUUGGCCCGACCACAUCCAGCCUGAGACCCAACAGGAAAAUGGCCACCAACUUCCUCAUGCACGAGAAGAUUUGGUUCGACAAGUUCAAGUUCGACGAUGCAGAGAAGAAAUUCUACGAGCAGAUGAAUGGGCCAGCCGGCGGCUCCUCGCACCAGGAGAACGGCGCCAGCCUCAUCCUCCGUGACAUUGCCCGGGCCAGAGAGAACAUCCAGAAAUCCCUGGCUGGAGGUUCUGGUAUGGGCACCUCCAGUGGGCCAGGUGGAGACCACAGCGAGUUGGUGCUGCGCAUAGCCAGCCUGGAGCUGGAGAACCAGGGCUUGCGAGGCGUGGUGCAAGGCCUGCAGCAGGCCCUCUCCAAACUGGAGGCCCGGCUGAGCGCCCUGGAGAAGAGCUCACCGGCCCACCGGGCCACCCCGCAGACCCAGCAUGUGUCCCCCAUGCGCCAAGUGCAAGCCCCCGUCCAGAAAGCAGCCGCCGCAGAGGGUGACGACAAUGACCUGGACCUGUUUGGCAGCGACGAGGAGGAGGACAAGGAGGCAGCGCGGCUGCGGGAGGAGCGGCUGCGGCAGUACGCCGAGAAGAAGGCCAAGAAGCCCGCGCUGGUGGCCAAGUCGUCCAUCCUCCUGGAUGUGAAGCCUUGGGACGAUGAGACGGACAUGGCACAGCUGGAGGCCUGCGUGCGCUCCGUGCAGCUGGAUGGGCUGACUUGGGGGGGCUCCAAGCUGGUGCCCGUGGGCUACGGCAUCCGCAAGCUUCAGAUCCAGUGUGUGGUAGAGGAUGACAAGGUGGGCACAGACCUGCUGGAGGAGGAAAUCACCAAGUUUGAGGAUCAUGUGCAAAGUGUGGACAUUGCGGCCUUCAACAAGAUCUGAGCCUCCUUCCUGCCUUAAUAAAGACACUUUCUCGCA